UAUGCAAUAUAAACACUGAGCUGUGGCAAUCGAUCAAACAUGUGGGUAGCGAAACGCCUUCUGUCCUCUAUCGUCCUCAAAGGGGAAUACAGUCUGUUCUGUCGUCCUCCUAGCUCCUUGCCUGAAUAUGAGCUCAGAUUCUUGCACUGCACCUUUUGCAGAAGGAGCAGAAUAAUGGUGUCUGGGUUCGACACCCUCAAUGCAUCCAUUUCCUCUGAAUUGUGCCAAGAAAACGACAAACCCCUGGACUCAUGUUAUACGACAGAGCAGCGUGCUGUCAUCCUCCAGCACCUCAAUACAGCUACAGAGUCAGAACUGGCACAGGUCAAACUGCUGCGAGGACGGAAGGCUGUCAACAUCAUCGACUACAGAACCAGACAUGGACCGUUCAACAGUCUGGAGAGUGUCAUUAAUGUACCCUUACUGAAACACAAGAGUGCUGUCAUAGUCUUUGACUCUAUCCUCAAACCAGCUGAGAGGAAGGAGAGGAAAAAGGGAAAAGUCCAUCUGGCUAAAUUUAUAAGACCUGAGGUUGACCGAGCUUUCUUGGAGGAUGCAAGCUCUAUUGUGUCCAUUGUUUGUGGCACUAAUAAAAUUGCAUGGACACACAUGGAUCGGGUGAAAACUGUCUUAGACUGGCAGCAAGCAGAGUGCAAGAGCUUUAUGAAAGGAACGUACAUGGCAUCAGAUUAUUUGAACGAUAUAUCUACUGUUCUUUCAAGCUUUCCUGCUGCUGACUUUUUUGUGGUGGAGAAGCCAAGCAUCUCUCCCCAGAAUACUUCUCUUUAUCCAGUCAUGGUCCAUCUCCGGACAGUAGAGGCCAUGCUAUUUGCUUUACUCACUUCAGCGAGGGAACCGGGAAGCCCUCCCAAAGUCCUUAACAUGUUGCGCACAGCCAUUGGCCGCCAUUUCGACCUAAUAGUGGGAGAUUGUCGGACAAGUGGAGCUGAGACAGUGAGGAAAAUGAUGACGGAGUCGGUGAUGAAGCGAGACCCACGUGUUCUUUUCCCUCACGACUUGGUGUUAAAGCACAGGAACUCCUUUCAGAUGAGCAGUAGGAAUAGAGGGGAAGAGCUGUGUGAUGCUCUUCUGCAAGCUGUUGCGUUUUUCGAACUCCUGCAGGAAUAAAUCGCUAAUGGAUGACUGUCUUAUUUGUUGGAUUUAAUUAGCUGAGUGAUUAAGCAAGUAUCUUGAACAUGACAAAGGAUUUAAGUAUUUUUGUUCCCCCAACUUUUAAACUGGACCAGGAGAAGCCUUAUAAAUUGA